CUCCAGAUGCCAGCUCCCUGCGACUGUGCCGGGCAGAGGUGUUUGUGGCGCUGGGGCAGCACCCACAAGCGUUGGAGGACCUGGACGCUGCGUGCAGGGCUGAGCCUGGAGACCAUGAGGCCUUCUUCAGGAAAGGGAAGGUGCUUCUGGAGAUGGGACAGAGAGCUGAAGCCCUGCUGGCGUGGGAGCACUGCCUGACGCUCAGUCCUCAUUUCCACCCCGCUCGGAGAGAGAUGGACAAGAUCCUCAUGCGAGAGAACACUCGGCUGCACACGGCUGCUGCACGUCUGGGUGAUGCUCACAGGGCCUCCACAGGUUCCCAGAUCGAUGGAGGGAGCUCUGCUCGAUCCUCCUCCCCACAAGCUCAGGAUCAGGAGGCAGAGCUGACGGAAGGCGGAGGAGACGCUGGGUCUGAGCACGGCCAGGGGACAGCCACCCUUCCCCAGCCGGGGCCACGGCAGGAAGCGGGGACUUCAUCGGAGAGGCAGGACCAGCAGUUGUUAGUGUCCAGCCAGGUGGCUUCCCUGUAUGUGGGUUUGGAUAAAGCAGUGGUGAUGCCUUGGGGCCGGCCUCCAGAGAAGCUGCUCCAUCUGGGAGCUUCUGAGAUCACUGCAUCUCCCAGUGCCUCAGUUUCCCUGCCUGCCAAAGGAGAUAAUGAAGAGGAAACAGCAGCAGCAAGGUAUCCCCAGCCAUGCCUGGAGGAGCUGCUGAGCUUAUCUGAUUUGGAGUGCUCCCUCUGCAUACGGCUGUUCUUCGAGCCGGUGACGACGCCGUGUGGGCACACCUUCUGCAAGGAGUGCCUCGAACGCUGCCUGGAUCACCGGCCCAACUGCCCCCUCUGCAAACAGAGCCUCAGAGAGUACCUGAAGGCUGGAAACUACAACCCCACGGUGGUGCUGCAGGACAUCAUGCUGGCCACCUUCCCCACACAGCUCUCUGAGCGCCGGGACCUGCACCGGGCCGAGAUGGCAGAGCUCUCCAACCUGACCAAGAACAUUCCCAUCUUUGUGUGUACGAUGUCCUUCCCAGGCGUCUCCUGCCCUCUGCACGUCUUCGAGCCUCGCUACCGCCUCAUGAUCCGGCGAUGCCAGGAGACUGGCACCAGGAGGUUCGGCAUGUGUAUAUAUGAGAAAGGGAAAAGUUUUGCUGACUAUGGCUGCAUGCUGGAGAUCCGGCACAUCGAGCUGCUGGCGGACGGGAGGUCCUUGGUGGACACCAUCGGCAGACGGCGGUUCCGGGUGCUGAGCCGAGGACACAGGGACGGCUACAACACUGCUGACAUCGAGUACCUGGAGGACAAGAAGGUGGCUGGGGAGGAGCUGCAGGAGCUGCAGUGCCUGCAUGAAAGCACCUACCGCUUGGCUCAGCGGUUUUGUGAGCACGGGGACCUUGCCUCCAGACACAUUCUGAUGCAGCAUGGACCGCUGCCGGAGAAGGAAGAGGACAUCCAGGCUUCGGCAGACGGCCCCACGUGGUGCUGGUGGCUCAUCUCCAUGCUGCCCCUGGACCCAUCCUACCAGCUGAACCUCUUCUCCAGCACCUCCCUGCGCGUCCGCCUCACCCAGCUCCAGCGCAUCCUUGCUGCUCUCCUGCAGCAGCCCCCCGCUGCGCACCCACUGCCCGAGCGCAGCCCCCAGGGCUGCGUCUGA